CCCCACACCACAACCCCAAUGAUGAGUCAGUUGAUAAAUUCUUUGAAAAUUAACUGAAGAAAUCUCUCACCUUUUUUCUCCAUAUAGUUUUUGGGAAUAAUGGGGAAAAAGGCUAAGAAAAAGGCUAGAAGUGGUGUCAAGGAGACACGGAAUCCUGUUGCAUCUGCAAAUCGUAUUGAUGAAAAGAUCAGUCCGAAUAUUGAAACUCAUGAUGAUGCAGUUUCUGUUGUAAAUGAUAGAAAAGGAUGUCCACAUGUUGAUAAGGUUAUUGAUGUGGACAAAGUCUCUGCUAAACUUAAGUCUUCGAAACCUGUUAGGUGCGAAGAUUGCAAGGAAGGAGUAGCUGAUAGACACGCUAGUAGGACGAAAGGUAAACAAGGAAAAAAGAAGGGAAGUGCAGAUCCCAAGCAGAAGUCUAAAGCCAUUUGGGUCUGUUUAGUAUGCGGUCAUUUCUCGUGCGGAGGUGUUGGGUUGCCUACUACACCUCAGAGCCAUGCAGUUCGGCAUGCGAGACAAUACCAUCACCCUCUCGCUGUACAGUUUGAAAAUCCUCAACUGCGCUGGUGUUUUCUGUGCAACACACUACUUCAUGCUAAAAAAGUAGAGGAUGGCAGUGAACAAAAAGAUGUACUUGAGGACAUUGCAAAGAUGAUUAAAAGGCGUCCGUCUGAAGGGCCUACUACUGAUGUGGAAGCUGUUUGGUUCAGGAGUGGGAGUGUCACUAGCGAAAUUAAAUCAGAAGCUUCUGCUUCUAUAAGUGCUGAUGGAAAAGGUGGUUGUGCCAUUAGGGGAUUGGUUAAUUUAGGGAACACAUGUUUUUUCAAUUCAAUAAUGCAGAACCUACUGGCAAUGAAUAGACUACGGGAUUACUUUCUUAAGUUUGAUGGUUUUGCUGGUCCUCUUACCGCUGAUCUGAAGAAGCUCUUUACUGAUACAAGCAAUGAGGCUUCGUUGAAAGAAUCUGUUAAUCCAAAAUCUUUGUUUGGUUCAUUAUGUACCAAAGCUCCACAGUUUCGAGGAUACCAACAGCAGGACAGUCACGAAUUGCUUCGUUGUUUACUUGAUCGUCUGUGUACUGAGGAAUUGACCUGUAGAAAGCAAAUCAAAUCUUCUCAGGAUGGCGGUAAAUCCCUGAGUUCAUGUCCAACAUUUGUCGAUGAAAUCUUUGGUGGUAGACUCUCUAGCACUGUUAGCUGUCUUGAAUGUGGGCACACUUCAGUAGUCUAUGAGCCAUUCUUGGAUCUCUCAUUGCCUGUUCCGACUAAAAAACCUCCUUCUAAAGAAGCUCAAUCAGUCUCCCAUGCCAAAAUAUCAAAACCUCCAAAGAGAAGUGGAAAAGUUCUUCCUAAAGUUAGCAGAGAUGCAGCUUCUCUCAAUUCUCAAGGAAAUGGAGAGAAAUCUCUCAGCCAUGUGCAUCCUAGAGUACCUGUCACUGAAGGAAUGAUACUUCCUUCUGAUACAUCGCUAGAAUCCAUUGAUGCUGGUGUUAUGGCUGAUAAUACGGGUUUAACUUCACAGGACUCAUGUUUCACUCAGAAGCCCCGUAAUGAGGAAACUUGCGAGGGUGUGACUAGGCAGUUGGCUACGGUGGAUGACUCGACAUGGUUAGAUUUUCUCGAACAGGAUACACUGCCAAAUGGUGAUGACGCAGCUUCAGAAGUUGAUCACAUCCUGACUAAUCAGGGUUCUGAAACUGGAUCUGUUCAACCUGUUGACCCUUUGCAAAAUAAUCUGGAUGCUGAUACAGAGAUGAAGUUGACAUGUACAGACAGCACUCGUUCUCCUAAUGAUUUAAUGUGUUUGGAUGACCAAGGACAAUCCAAAUCACCAGACCGCAAUAUAGCUUCUGAAUUCAGUAAAAAAUUACUGAUUAAAGAAUCUGGAAAGAUCAGCUCUGUGGAUUCAAAUCUUGGAACAGAUUCAUGUACGAGGCUAUCGGAAGAUGAAGCCCCAUUACAACUACAAGAGUCAGAGAUUCUGUUACUUCCAUACAAAGAAGUAACCUCAACUGCUGGUGACAUGUUAAAAGAAGGUUGUGAGGUAUCCUCAGCUGCUGUUGGUUGGGAAGAAGAUUCAUUGGACUUGGAUGGUGUUGGAGACUUAUUUAAUGAACCUGAGUCUGAUGCACAGUCUUUGUGCAAUGCUGCUGUUUCUCAGUCCAAUGGACUGAGAGAAACUAGUUUUACUGUUUCAAACAUCAGCGUGUCUGAUCCGGAAGAGCUUGAUAAUACAGAUGCUCCUGUAUCAGUGAAGAGUUGUUUGGCUUAUUUUACGAAGCCCGAGCUUCUUUCCAAAAGUGAACAUGCUUGGCAAUGUGAAAAUUGCACAAAAGUUCUAAAAGAAAAGAGAAUGAGAUCUAAGAAUAAAUUGACGAAGCCUAGAUCACAUAGCAUGGUGAAUGGACAUCAGGACAAAAAUUCAAAUGGUGUGUCUUCUUCAGGAACAUCUCCUCUGCCUGAACUGAGAACUCAUAAUGGAAUUACAGACAAAGAUGCGUUAGAAACUUUUGAGGACAGAUUAUUGACCCCAAAGGGAACCAGCCCUCGAGGUGAUCGAGAUUCAGUGUCUUCACUAUUGGAAAAUGGCACACGGGAAAAUCACAGUGCAACUAGCAGUCAAGUGAAUAGAGACUAUCAGACCAAUAAAGUUCAACUGCUGGAAGCUCCGCUGAUUUCUGCUAUAUCUGAAUCUGAAGAAAGUGAGAAUGAGGAGACAGACUUUAAAAGAGUUAGAGUUGAAAGAGAUGCAACUAAACGGAUCCUAAUUGAUAAGGUCCCUCCUAUUUUGUCAAUUCAUCUAAAGAGGUUCCGUCAAGAUGCUCGGGGGCGCUUGAGUAAGCUGAGUUGCCAUGUCAAUUUUAGAGAUGCAGUUGAUCUGAAACCAUAUGUUGACACCAGGUGUCUGCAGAAGGAUACAUACAAAUACCAGCUUAUUGGUGUAGUAGUACAUUCGGGGACGAUGAGGGGAGGUCAUUAUGUUGCAUAUGUUAGAGGAGGUCCCAAGAUCACAGGGAAAGACGAGAACGCGGAAGAUUUUGUGUGGUAUUAUGCAAGUGACACUCAUGUUCGUGAGGUUUCAUUAAAGGAUGUUCUUCGCUCUGAGGCAUACAUUUUAUUCUAUGAAGAAACUUGAUAUAAAUUUCUUAAUUUAUGAUCAUUUUUGGGCAUACACACACAGAAGUAAAGGGUGGGGAGAGUGAGUAAUCUCCAGUAUCAACACCCAUUUUUUAUUUUCAAAUUUUGAUGUGUAAUUGAUUAAGGAAGUUACUCAUUUUAGAAUGUACUUUUUUAAG